AUUUUAAUAUUAAAUAUUUAUAUUUUCCCCGCUCUCCUACUUGGCUUUAUUUCAUUUUAUUUUUAAGCUAUAUAUUUACAACCCAAAUAUAUUAUACGCAUUUAUACCUCUUCUCUUCCUCAUCUCUUUUGUCUUUCUUCUCCUUUUCAUAUAUAUUCUUUUUUAUAAUGUACUUUGAUCUACCUACCGCUCACGAAAGAAAUUCUGAAUCGCCUGACAGUAACAAUAAAAACAAGAAGCCGAUUGUUGCUGACGAACGUCUCAUUGAAAUCAUAAACAACAUCCAAGAUCAUUGGGGGUCACCUCCAAUCAUGACUCCUGAGACAUUAGCAUAUGUUCUUAACAAUCAAUGGGUCAAAGACCAUCAGCUUAUGCCACUCGAUAGUCCUCGUUUAACUGUGUUAAAUACUCGUGCAAAUCAUCCUCAAGAAAACGAGAAAGAGAGGGAUGGACUGGCAAGUGAACCAACUGCCUCAAGUGUCCUAAAUCUUGUCACCGAACUAUGCAGAACGAUGCGUCAUAUCAAUUCAUCGGACGGUUCGGCUAUGAACGAUAUAUUGAUGAAAGAUCCUCAUAUUCAAAGUAUGGUGCAACAUCAAAAGCUAGAUAAUGAGCUCAGUCCACAGCAGGUCCUCAGUCAUGUCACUCAACUACUUAGCAAACACAACGAUCUUGCCGAAGAAUCAAAAUCUACUGUAUGAUCUACCGCCAUUACCAACCAAGACUAGUUCCAAAGGUGCCACCACAUACAUACAGAAGUGCCAAAAAAUAUAGCCUGGAACACCAACAGUCAAUGAUAUAACCCAGUUUAAUUCUUUUCGUAUAUAUAUAUAUUUAGCUCAUCUCUGCUUAAUUACACAGCCUCCACUUUGUAUAUUUUCCAUUUAUUUAUAAACUCUAGUAUAUUAUUUCCCAUUCUCGUG